ACCAAAAAACGUGGGUUUUCUUUUUCACGAAGAGACCGGCGGAAGCCAAUCCUACAGAAGAACAGAGUUUCAUUCAUAAUCAAAUCGUCCACACCGAAACCCUAUAAUCUGGGUACAGGAUAAAAACCCCGUUCCGGAAAAAAAGUUUAGGAUUUUGUAUUGGGUUUGGAAUUCGGAGCCCAUUGGCGUAGUGGUAAGCCUUCUUCUGUCAAUAGCUCUGCCUAUUAUCAUUGGAUUUUUAUAGUUUACAUUUGGACACUGAUCAGCGAGCGUUUGUAUUUUGAUAAAUUAUAAUCAGUUUUGGAUUCUGAUCCGUGUUUGGAUUCCAUCUGGGAUUUGCAAGUUCGAGUUUGAUAUACACCGGAAUUGUUUGUUUUCCCGAAAGAAUCACAUUGCUCUUUGAGAUCGUAUGGUUGGAAGUUUAGUGCAAACUGAGACGUGGGUUUGAUUUUUGGUAUUCAUUUCCUGGUGGAUUCGUGCUUUGGGAUAAAGAAAUAUUGGGAGUUCUCAUUGCAAUUUUGAGAUUUAGCAUCGAGAAGGAAUUGUGGGUUAGGUGGCUCGGUGUUUUUGAAUGUAUAUUUAGGAGAAGAAUACGGGUUUCGAGAAUGUGAUGCCAUGCAUUGGAGAUUUUCGUGAAUUGAUGGACUUUUGGUGAUGAGAUUGAUUUUUUUUUUUAUGGUGAGUUGGUAUUGAACUUGGAGUUGGACUGGCAUUUUGGAAUUCAACAUUGGAAGAAAAUUUUGGUUUGUGAAUGAGAGGGUUUUGUAAAGUAGACUGGAAAUGAAACCUAAACUUGCGAGUCUGAAGGUACGAUGACUGGAGCGUCAUUGGGUUUACGUACGGGGAGUUAUGGAUCACUGCAACAGCAGAUACAGAACAGUGUAUUGCAGACUACUCAGGCACGCAAGCCUUCUAAGAUGCUUCUUUCCAGUUCAAGGGAGAAAGAAAAGCUUCUCAUAUUUAUUUGCAGAUACGUUGUCCGAAGGAGAGUUGCAAUGCUCCUAUUGGUUGCCCUUGCUCUUUUGGUUUUUGUAUUCGGUUCCUUUACAGUUAAUAAAGUUUGGUUUUUAAAUGAUGAUGCACCAGAAUCCAACAUCACUUUACAUAUUGGAAGCAUGACUCCUUAUUGGUCAAAUUAUCCUGUAUCUUCCAAUCCACCAGGAGUAGAAGAUAAUCUUGGCAGUAGUAAUUCUUCUGGACAGAUCUCUUGGAGAGGAAAUGACCAAAGUAGAGCUUCAUCCGAUCCUCCUCCUCCUACAACUACAACAGCUACAAGGGUUACACGGUCUAACCCUCCAUUGGGCCAUCAGUGUGUAAAUUUUGCAUUUCCUCCUCCCCCACCAGUCCAGCGUAAAAGGAUAGGACCACGCCCAUGUCCAGUAUGUUACCUCCCUGUGGAGCAGGCUAUAGCUAGUAUGCCAAGCUCCCCAUCAGAAUCACCGGUGCUUCGUAAUUUGACCUAUGUACAUGAUGGAGGUUCUAUUAAAACUGAAACUCAUGGAGGCUCCGACUUUGGUGGAUAUCCUUCUCUAAAGCAGAGGAACGAGUCUUUUGAUAUAAAAGAGUCAAUGGCAGUGCACUGUGGAUUUGUUAAGGGAAGCAAACCUGGGCACCUUAGUGGAUUUAAUAUUGACGAAGCUGACCUUCUAGAGAUGGAGCAGUUCCACGAGGUUAUUGUUGCAUCGGCCAUAUUUGGAAACUAUGAUAUUAUUCAGCAGCCCAAGAACAUUAGUGAAGCGGCAAUGAAAAAUAUUCCUUUUUAUAUGUUUAUUGAUGAAGAGACAGAAGCUUAUAUGAAGAAUUCUAGUGUUUUGGACAGCAGUAAAAGGGUUGGAUUAUGGAGAAUUAUCAUCGUUCAUAAUAUUCCAUAUGCUGAUCCAAGACGUAAUGGAAAGGUUCCAAAGCUUCUAUUGCACAGGAUCUUCCCCAACGUACGGUAUUCUGUAUGGAUUGAUGGAAAGCUACAGCUUAUUGUGGAUCCAUAUCAAAUUCUUGAGAGGUUUUUGUGGCGCGAAAAUGCCAAUUUUGCCAUCUCAAGACACUAUAAGCGCUAUGACGUUUUUGUAGAGGCUGAAGCUAAUAAAGCUGCUGGGAAAUACGACAAUUCCUCUAUUGACGACCAGAUUGAGUUUUACAAAAGCGAGGGUCUAACACCAUAUUCUUUAGCUAAGCUUCCUAUAACUAGUGAUGUUCCUGAAGGUUGUGUCAUCAUAAGGGAGCACAUUCCCAUCACAGAUCUAUUUACCUGUCUAUGGUUCAAUGAAGUUGAUCGUUUUACUCCCAGGGAUCAGUUAAGCUUUUCCACAGUGAGGGACAAAAUGAUGUCAAAAGUUAGUUGGAGCAUCAAUAUGUUUAUGGAUUGUGAGAGGCGUAACUUUGUGAUACAGGCAUACCACCGAGAUUUGCUGGAGCACAUGUCUCCACCAGUUGGUCAGAUAAUCCGUUCUCCACCUGCUUUUCCUGGUUAUAAUCCAAUUGUAAGGCCUCCUAUGAAGAGGAAUAGUAGGCGAAGAGGAGAUCGGAAAUCUGGUAAAAAACAUCAUCGUAAAGUUGUUGCUGGUAGUAGAGACAACAAUUCAUUUUAGCUUUUUUUUGUUUUUUUUUUUUUUUGGGGGGGGGGGGGGGGGAUUAAAGAAAAUGUAAAUUUUCUUUCGUUCUUUCUUUCUUUAUUCAAGUUAUACAUCAUGGGUUAGGAAGAUGUUGUUAGAUGCAUGCAGUGUGGCCAUGAGGAUGAAAAAUUGCUCUAAUUUUUGUUUCAAAGAAUGCUGUAAAUACCUUUACUUCAAAUAAAUUUCAUACGAGCUACCUGCCAUUUCCAUAUA